CCUGGCGGCCAGCAGGAGAAGCUCGCGACAGGGCCAGCGAGCUGUGAGCACAAAAACAUCAAUGGUGGACCCAGACUUGCACGGGACGGGUGUUUCUCGGUUUGGCUCGCGCGUUGUGAAUGAUAUUGUGUGAACCGAGUGCCUCGGUGUGUCCAGAUGUCGUGGGAAGCCCGGAUUUGACGAGGCAGCGGAUGGCCCCAAGAUGAAGAGAAGCAGGGAGUCAUGACCUUGCAUUGGUGGCAACACUGGUUCUGGAUUACGGGCCGGGCGCCUGUGGUCGCGGUGCUGCUCGCUGCCUGCCAUGUCUGGUGCCAGCAGCCGCAGUGGGGCGACCCAGGCCUCCUCCGCCUCGCCGGGCCCGGGGACGCCGCGGGCCUCGGACCCCAGCCCCAGCCGCACUGGUGGACGCCGUUGCCGGUGCAGGCCGCGGUGGCGCCAGUCGCCCUCCACGCCCUGCACGUCCCCGUGGAGGCAGGGAUGCCGGCGUGGUACCCGUGGGCCCCACGCCGGCUGCUGGGCUUCGCGGGGGCGGGCGACGGCACUCCGAGUCCCGUCGCUGCGUCAGAGGCGUCCGAGUCCUCGUCGGCCGCCCCCGCGGCCUCAGCGGCUGCCCCGGUAGCCGUCUCGUACCUGACGACCCUCGGGCCCGGCCCGGGCCUGGGGGCCGCAACCGCCAGCUCUAGUCAGCCCCCAGCCUCGCCCGCGUCCUCAUCCGCUGCCUCGUCCUCGGCGCCCAGGCCGCGGGAGCCCAAGGCCAUCGGGGUGCUCCCCGUCGGCGUGAUGCCCACCGUGGUGCGCGCGGUCCCCACCGCCGGCACGCCGGCAACCCGGCCGCCCGGCACCGUCACCAGUGUACUGGAGAUCGUCGAGGAGCUCGCCGAGGCCGCCACGCCGUCCCCGUCGGAGAACACCCCGACGUCACCGUCCCCCGCCUCGGCCGCGGAGAACGAGGCCGCGCUGCAGGCCUCCUCCGCCGAGAUGCCCAACGACGAGCCGGCCAAGGCCGUGUCGGCAUCAUCCGCCGAGGCGGCCGAGGCCAGCCCCACCGAAGCCAGCGAAGCAGCCUCCAGCUCUGCCAGCCCCGCGAGUGCCACCGGCACCGCGCCGACGCGAAUGCAGUCCAUGUCCCUGAGCACUGCCGGCACUGCCCCAGCCAGUGACGUCACGCUGCCUGCCGCGAGCGCCAAUGACAGCCGGACUCCGGGCGCCACCGCCACCACCAAGCCCGAUCUCAGCAGUACCGCCUCGCCGCGCCUCGGUAGCAUCCGCCCGGAGGUCGCCGCGCACCCCGGCCCUCCGCACAGCCACCGGUCCGCCGCCGCCCCCCUCGGCUCCGCGAGCUCCUCGGCCGGCAACGCCCGGCAGCACCGCGUCGACGCCAUGUCGCUGUCCUCGGGUGGCGGCCUGGAUGCCGGCUCCAUCACCGGCAUCGUCCUCGGCAUCGUGGUGUUCGCGGGUCUAGUCGGCACUGUGAGCUUUAUUCUAUACCGGCGACGUUACCUGAACAAGCCUCAAACUCUCAACGACAAGUGCAGUAAUCCAGACUCCAGUGGCUACAUCGAUGACAGUACAUUCCGGGAAAACUCUGAAGAAAUGUAUAGUCUUGACAAUGAUUCAUUUCUUAACAGCCUUGAAGCAAUGACCAUCCAAAAUUACUGGACAGAUACUGUUAAGCACACUAAACUUUAGGUAUUGUCAAUGUGUGUUCACACUGUCAACGAACAUUCCCCAGUUUUUUAUUUCUCGGAGAAACAGCGGCAGAGGUGGACCUUCUGUUCAUUUUAUUUAUUUACGAGGAGUGUAGAAUACAGUUUAGUCUAGUUGCUCCUAUGGAAAUCAAUCCCACUGAAAUAUGUUUCUUUUUCAUAGUAUUUUUACUGAAUAUUAUACUCAGGAAUCUUACCUUUUGUUGUGUGUGUUUCUGUUAGGAGAUUGUGGUGGUAGUUUUGUGUUUUAAUUCCAUUGACUUAGAAGAUUCUGCCUAUUUUAUUGAGUAGUGUACUGUUACCUGUGUAGUUCCAACAUUGAAAAUUGUAUGUCCGAUUCUAUUUAUCAAUCCAUUUUGCUCUAUUUUUGCUGUACUUCUUUUGAAUUGACUUGACAAAGUAUUGUUAGUCCUUGUGCAAUCGGUAGCUAUUGAUAGAAAAUCUGCAAAAUCAAAGUCAGUUUUGAUUUAUUUUGUAUUCUGUAAAAACAUAUAUUGGUGAUUUCUCACUGGACAUGUGAAAGAUUUUUGGCUGGCAUUCUAAAAAUUAUGUGGCAAUUUUUACUUCACUUACCAUGCAACUUGUACAUAUCUGAUGUAAAGAGUUACCAAGGUAAUUGAAACACCUGACAACUUUCAAACUGUUGUUAAAAUGGAAACAUAUCCAAGCUGUAAUUAAUUCUUCAAGAAAGGCCUAAAAAGAAAAAUUGGCAUAUUGUUGUAUAAUAACAGAAAUCACUCAAUGAAAGUACGUAAACUUAUUGUUAAAGCCUAUUGUGGAUUAGAUUGCCCCCUUUAGUUUAUUUCCGUAAUCAAUUGUCUUAUAAAAACUGUGUAAUUUACCUCCUGAGCGUUCUGCUGGUAAAAUUUACUUUAAGGUUGUGAGGUUCGUAUGGGCCUGGGGCUGUGUUUGUGUAAUGAGUAUGCUGAUAUCAAGUGUACAUGUGCCUAUAAGCGUAUGCAUUUUAUCUUGUUAAAAUUUGAGUGCAUCGUUUGUUGUGCAUUAUUAUAAAAUACCCUCACUCCUGUUUUGUGAUAUUUUUAGUUCGAUGUAAUUAGGUGGUCUAUUCUCACAUAAGCAAAACCUUUUUUUAAACAAUGAAGUUUCCCUCCAUUCUUACCCAGAGCUAUUCACAAGUUGGGUCCAUUAGACAGAUAAGAUUGUUGCAAUGUACAUACAAUAUAUUUCAUGUUUAUCCUAGUCCAUGAUUUGUUUUCCCUUUCUUCAUCCAAGAUUGUGCUGGAAAAUCUUACAGUUUUAAAUCAAAUGAUACAAUCAGCUAAAAUAUGAAAGUUCAUUACCACUAUUGCACCGAAACCUUGCUUUUACUACAAUAUUUAGUAAAAAGAAAUUUGGGUGUGCUUUCUGUUGGGAUUACAGAACUAGUAAAGAAACACUAAGAUUGCACUGCUGUAUUUAAGAUUGUUCAUUUGAUUAAUGUUUGUGUUUUACUUAUGUUUAUGAAACAAAGUCCAAAAUAAUAGUACCUGCCUUUGCCCUGCAUGCCCCUGUAACUUUCGGGUACCAUCAUCACAGGAAAAACAGAGUUGUAAAUUUAAGCCGCUUAAAGGGCCUGUAGAAGUACAGGAUUUACACCUCAGUUCAGGUGUUAACUUAUUUACACCUUUGUUUUUACUGAGUUUGCAAUUUUAGAAGUUGAGCUUUCACAUAAAAACUCUGUAGACUAGUUUUUAGGUGUAUCUUUGUUAUUCCACAUCACAUAUCACCAACUGAAAGGAAUUUUAGUGUAGAUAAACCAUGGAGCUAUUUUCAUAAUGUAAUUUCCCCUCUUCCGUUCUUUCUUUCUCUCUUUCUUUCUUGUGUGAAUGUUGUUUCAGCUUAACUGCAUAAUAAACUUGAGUGUCAAUUUUUAAGGAUUAUAAUGAUGCUGUCGGUAAAUCAUUGAAAACAUAGAGUAUUUUUGAGUGCUUUCUUCUCAUAAUUUUCAUGCCAUACUAUUUGGUUUUUGUAUUGCAUCCCUAGCACUGCAAAAUAGCGCUUCAACUUAAGGCACCUUCACUGUAUGUACCUUAGCUCUCCACAUAUAUUCAUUAACUGUGAUAAAUCUAAGAAACCUGUCCUUCAUUAUUUCCAUGUUAAGUUUUGCCUUCAAGAAUAGUAAGUGUACCAUCAUUCCAUUCCAUAUUCCAUUAUGUUCUUCACAAGUACAGUAAUGAAGUUUAGUAGUGGUUAUCUCUUAAUUUUCUUGUGGUGUCUACUAACUCUCUUACAAAACUUUGUUCAAGAUGGACGCCCCACUAGUUUACUAUGCAUUUACUUUUAAGUAUUGCCUCAUCCACAAUUAGGAAGCAAAAAAUGAGUACUUCUCUCCCACAUUUAAUUUAAAAAAAAAAAACAUGAUCUGAUAAAAAGAAUUGUUGAAUGAUGCUUAACGCUGCUGUGAUUGUUUGUUUAAGUUUUGUUCUCUUGUUAUGUUUCUUACAGAAAGAUGUUAUCUGUCCAUGUCAGAAUGUCAAGAGCAAGAUAAAAGAAUCUAUAAAAAGAGA